AGAGAGAGAUAUCAAGAGAUCGCUUGCUGAGAAAAGGCCGAUUCUGCAGAAACACAUUCGCUAUUCAUUCAUGGACGUACAGUAAAAACACACGGGUUGACGUUUGCAGAAGGAUUUUUCCCCGAUUGGGGCGGGUCAUGCUGUCUUCGCAAAGGUAAUGAGCCGCAAAGCCAUCGGGUCUCGGCUUAGCAGCGCCCACAAACUGCAGCGAAACUGGAAUGAUUGGCAGUCCAGAGGCGAUAGUGCGCCAGCCAGCCAGGACGCCCUGAAGUGCAGCAUCUGGACAGAACACGCCCCCUCAGCUCUUUCAGACACGCCGCCCUCUGACCCGCCGGACACUCCGCCACCCCACGAUGACUCCCUUGCCGCUGCUGCCGACUUGCUCGAAGAAGGGGGUGGAUACGAAGGUGACGGUGGUCUCUGUGAAAAUGCCUUUGGUUGGAAGUCGCUGGGGCAAGAGUUGAGGACCAAGGAUGUGACCGCCGAUUCCACCACUUUUCAGCAUGGAAGCCGUGCUUUAGCUUCAAAGGACAUGAGGAAAUCGCAGGAUCGACCACUGCCUCACUCGGAGGAGUCGCGACUGACCGCCCUUCUGCGCAGGGUUUCCCGAGAGGAUGACAGGGACCGCAGACUGGCCACCAUGAAGCAAAUCAAAGAGUUCAUCAUGCACUCCGAGAACAAAGUGAUCUUGGUGAAACAGUUGGACACCAUCCUGACUGCCAUAAAUGAUGUUUUGAAUGAAAGCAGCAAACUCCUCCAGGAGCUGAGACAGGAGGGAGCCUGCUGCCUGGGCCUGCUGUGCGCCUCGCUGAGCUACGAGGCCGAGAGGAUCUUCAACUGGAUAUUCCUCAAGUUCAGUGCUGCAACCAAGGACGAGGUCAAGCUGCUGUACCUGGUGGCCACGUACAAGGCGCUGGAGAUGGCCGGGGAGAAGAAGACUUUUUCACCUGUAAUGCAGCUGGUGAUGAGUAGCCUGCAGUCCAUCCUGGAGAACCUGGAUACGCCGGAGCUGCUGUGCCAGAGCGUGAAGUGCAUCCUGCUGAUGGCGCGCUGCUACCCGCACAUCUUCAGCACCAACUUCAGAGACACAGUGGACAUCCUGGUGGGCUGGCAUAUUGACCACACACAGAAGCCCGCACUCACCCUGCAGGUGUCCGGCUGGCUUCAGAGCCUGGAGCAGUUCUGGGUGGCAGACCUGGCUUUUUCCACAACCCUGCUAGGCCAGUUUCUGGAGGAUAUGGAGGCCUACGUAGAGGAUCUGAGCCACGUGGUUUCAGGCGAAUCCGCGGAUGAGGACGUCCCCCCGCCCUCGGUGUCGCUGCCCAAGCUGGCAGCCCUGCUCCGUGUGUUCAGCACGGUGGUGCGCAGCAUCGGGGCGCGCUUCCACCCCUCCCGCGGGCCCCCCAUCACCAAGGUGUACGUCACCGACGUGCUGAACCGAGUGCUGGCGUGCGUGUCGGCAGCCAGGCAGGCCUUCUUCUCGGAGGCAGUGCUGACGGCAGGAAAUGAGUGCGUGUGCGUGCUGCUGGUGAGCCUGGACCUGGCGGGCCCGCUGACAGAGGCGGUCGUCUCCUUCGGCCUGGGCCAGCUGGAAGACUGCCGGGCCUGCGGGCCGGACUACUGUGUGGCACUGCUGCACCUGCUGGCGCUGAUCGUUGACCAGAUUAACACCAACCUGCCGGCCUCGUUUGUGGAGACGCUGUUGGCGCCAACCUCCCAGCUGUUGGAGCUGCGUUUCCACAGGGAGAAAGAGGUGAUGGUGGCGGCCCAUGGUGUGUACCAGGCCGUCCUGAGCCUGAAGAACAUCCCCAUCCUGGAGGCAGCCUACAAGCUGGUGCUAGGCGAGAUGGGCUGUGCCCUUGACAGUCUGCUCUAUCCCCUGGGCCUGCCCUCGGCCUGCCCCCAGAUCCAGCACCCUGCUUUUUCUCACACCCAGCUCUGCCCGGAAAGGGCAGAGUUCAUCCUCAUCUUCAACUUGAGCGUGCUCACCACUAUCGGCAACACCAAGAACUCCCUCAUCGGGAUGUGGGCGCUGUCCCCGACCGUGUUCGCCCUGCUGAGCCUGAACCUGGUGGCGGUGCACUCCGAGCUGGCCGUCCGCCACCCCGCCGUCCAGUACGCUGUCCUCUACACCCUCUACUCCCACUGCACCAGGCAUGAGCACUUUAUCUCCAGCAGCCUCAGCUCCUCCUCCCCCUCGCUCUUUGAUGGCGCCGUCAUCAGCACGGUCACCACAGCGACCAAGAAGCAUUUCAGCACCCUGCUCAACCUGCUGGGGGCGCUGCUGAGCAAGGAGCAUCUUUACUUGGAGGCCAGGAGGCUGCUGCUGACCUGGGCCCUGGAGGUGGCUGUCGCCAUGAGGAAAUCCGACACCUACGCCCCACUCUUCUCCCUCCCCUCCUUCCACAAGUUCUGCAAAGGGCUGCUUGCAAACGCCCUGAAUGAAGACCCUAAUAUCUGCCUCCAGACCUGCAGCAGUCUUCAGGUUCUCUCCUUGUCCUUGUCCACUGAGCUACUGCAGAGGUGUGUGGACAUCUGCCGCGUCCAGCUGGUCCAUUCUGUGGCUCGGGUCCGACAGGCAUUUGGGAAGCUGCUGAAGACCAUCCCCCUGGACGUGGCACUAAGUAACCACAGACACAGCGAGCUUCAGGAGGUAUCACUGGCCAUCCGCAGACACAUGGGCAGAGCUCCCAGCAGCACCUUCCACCCCCAGGACUUCUCUGACCUGAUUGGCUUCAUUCUGUACGGGGUGCUGCACCGCGGGGGGAAGGAGCCGUGGUUGGAGUGCCUCUUUAACAGCUGUCAGCGGCUGGAGAAGCGGGAGGGUGCGGCCGUGCCCCGCCCCCUGCUGAAGUCAGAGGCCAUGCUCUGGCAGUGGGCUGUGUGGGAGGCCGCCCAGUUCACCGUCCUGUCCAAACUUCGCACCCCGCUGGGCCGUGCCCAGGACACCUUCCAGACCAUCGAGGGGAUGAUCCGCAGCCUGGCGACCCACAGCGUGAGUCCGGAGCAGGAGCUCAGCCAGUGGAGCGGCAGCGAGGGGGACGAGGGCCACCACAGCAGCCAGCUGCGCCUCGCCCUGCUGUUGCAGUUCCUGGAGAACCUGGAGAAGCUCAUGUACAACGCCUACGAGGGCUGCGCCACGGCGCUCAUGGCCCCGCCCAAGGGCAUCCGGACCUUCUUCUACACAAACCGGCAGACAUGCCAGGACUGGCUGACCCGGAUCCGUCUGGCGCUGAUGAGGGUGGGCCUGCUGUCGGGCCAGCCUGCGGUCACCGUGCGGCACGGGUUCGACCUUCUGGGAGAGAUGAGGAACAGCAGCACCCAGGGUGCUGAGAUGGAGGCCCCCAUCACCAUGCUGGCGGAAGCGCUGUGUGAGCUGAGGUGUCCCGAGGCCAUCCAUGGGCUGGCAGCCUGGAGCUCCAGUGUGGCGGGCAGAGGCCUGGGCUGGGUGGGCUCGGUGGCCCUGCAGGCAGAGGGACGGUUUGAGAAGGCGGCACAGGAGUACCAGGAGCAGCUGUGCUCCAUCACAGGGGUGGACUGCUGCAUCAAAGGAUUCGACAGGUCCCUGCUGAAAGUGUCUACCACCAACAGCGGCAGCCCCAAGCACACAGGAAACGGAGACAGCAGGAAGACUGUUCUUAUGAAAACCAGUGACUCCUCCCCCGAGGUCCUCAACUUCCUGGCCAAUAAGGCGUGCGAGUGCUAUGUGGCACUGUGUGAUUGGCCGUCAGUGCAGGAGUGGCAGGCCAGUGUGACGGUCCUCAGGAAGACUCCCAACGGCUCUGCCAUCCACCUCAAGACUGAUUUCAACUACAUCAGGGCUCUGAGCAGCUUCGAGGAUGGAGAUUUCACCGAGUGUCAUGAACAGCUGGACCUCCUGCCCGGCGACGAUUUCAGACUUCUGAACUCCUCCUCCCGGGACAAGAUAGACAUGAAGCGGCUGCUCCCUGCCACGCUCAGCCCUGACCCCACGGAGCUGCAGAAGGCCAUCGAGGUCCAGCUCCUCAGGAGCGCCGUGGGGGUCAUCACCGUGGCAACCGCCAAUCACGAGCAGGAAGAAAAGGGGGUCCUGGCAUCUGAGAAUGUGGUGAGGUACCUGAAGCAGACGGGCCGUAUCACCCUGGGGCCACUCCGGCUGUCCACCCUCACCCUCUCUGGCACCCUGCCCACCCUCAGCACCCUGCAGCUGCACUGUGCCACCGCUCUGGAAAGCAGCCUGAGUGGCCAGCUGGGCCCUGAGGACUGCCUGAUCCCCCUGUACAGCCGAGCUCUGAGCGCCUGCAAGCGGCAGGACAUCCAGCCCUGGCUGCAGGCCCUGAGAUACACCACCUUCCAGAGAGAGCUCUUCCUCCAGCUCAGAGGCUCCGCGGCUCCCAUUGACACCCACCUGACAGAGCUGUGUCUGACGGCAGUCAAGUUCGCCCGCAAGCAGGGCAACGUUGCCCUGGCGACACGGCUCCUGAGGCGCUGCGGUGAUGCCCCUCUGGGCAGUGGCAGUGGCAGUGGUGGUGGAGGUGGCGAUGGGCAGGACCAGGUGCACCCCUUCACGUGGCUGUCCCUGGAAGGAGCUGUCGGAGAGAAGUGGGGCCCGGAGCUGGAGAUUGAGAAGGCCAAAGUGCUCUUUGCCGCAGGUCAGUCGGCAGCGGCGAUGGAGAUGCUGAGCUCCUGCGCGCUGGCGUACUGCCGCUCGGGGAAGUGCGAGCGCGCGGCGGGCCGCGCCCUGCUCACCCUGUGCAAGUGGCUGCUGGCCGACUGGAAGGACCUGACGCCGCAGCUCAAGCAGGUGGCCAAGAGGGGCCCCUCCGGCCUGCCGCCGCUGAGCCGCAACGUGGCCGCCCUGCUGGAGCUCCCCCCGCUGGAGGACCAGGACGCGCCGCGCAUCACCACAGAGACCACAGUGAGCGUCGGCGUCGGGGAGCCGGACUUCGUCCUGGGUCAGCUGUACCAGCUGUCCACCAUCCAGGCUCCGGAGAUGGCCAAGUCCUGGGCCGCCCUGGCCAGCUGGGCUUACCGCUGGGGCCGGAAGGUGGUGGACAACGCCAGUCAAGGAGAGGGUGUGCCCCUGCUCCCUGGUGAGAAGCAGGAAGUAGAAGAGCUGCUACCAGCAUGCACCACUGAUGAGGACAAGGAGACCAUAUUUGGCAUCCUGGGCCAGGCUAUGUGUCGACCAACAGGCAUCCAGGACGAGGACAUGGCGCUGCAGAGCGAGGAGGACGAGGAGGACGACAUGGUGGACGUGAUCUGGAGGCAGCUGGUGGGCUCCUGCCCGUGGCUGUCGGAGGUGGAGGAGGGCGUGACGGAGGGGCUGAUCAGGGUGUGGCGCACGGUGGUGGACCGCAUCUUCAGCCUGUACCAGGUGUCCUGCCGCGCCUACUUCACCUUCCUUAAGCUGAACACCGGACAGGCGCCGAUGGAAGAGGACGACCCCAAGCUCCUGCUGAAGAAUCCUGAUGGCAAGCAGAGCAGCGAUGACGUCAUCGUCAUGGCGACCCUGCGUCUGCUGCGACUGCUGGUGAAGCAUGCCGGGGAGCUGCGGGAGGGGCUGGAGCUGGGCCUGGCGUCCACGCCCACUGCCCCCUGGAGAGGUAUAAUCCCGCAGCUCUUCUCCAGGCUGAACCACCCUGAGGCCUACAUCCGCCAUAGCAUCUGCAGCCUGCUCUGUCGUGUGGCGCACGACUCGCCCCACCUUGUCCUCUACCCCGCCAUCGUGGGCUCCAUCUCGCUGGGCGGGGAGGCGCAGGCUGCAGGCAACAAGCUGCCAUCAGCUCUACCCACGCUUCUGGGCAACAUCCAGGGGGAGGCGCUGUGUGGGGGUGGGAGUGAGGUGGCCUCCCAAGAGAGCGGCAGAGGGGAGGAGCUGGGGCCGUGCUCCAGCCAGGACCAGGCCAUGAUGCAGGACUGCUACAGCAAGAUUGUGGACAAGCUCUCCUCCGCCAACCCCACCAUGGUGCUGCAGGUGCAGAUGCUGGUCGGGGAGCUGCGCAGGGUGACUCUGCUGUGGGACGAGCUGUGGCUGGGCGUGCUGCAGCAGCAGCACAUGCAGGUGCCCCGCAGGAUCCAACAGCUGGAGGACGAGGUCAAGAGGGUACAGAACAACAACACACUCCGCAAGGAGGAGAAGGUGGCCAUCAUGCGGGAAAAGCACUCUGCCCUCAUGCGGCCGGUGGUGUUUGCACUGGAGCAUGUGCGCAGCAUCACGACCACGCCCGCCGACACACCCCACGAAGCCUGGUUCCAGGAGAGCUACGGGGAGGCCAUCGACCACGCCCUGGAGAGGCUGAGGAACCCGCCCAACCUCGCCAACCCGGCCAGCAGCUGGGCUCCCUUCAAGCAGAUGAUGCUGAGCCUGCAGCAGAGGGCGCAGAAGCGCACCAGCUACCUGCUGCAGCUGGAUGAAAUCAGCCCCCGCCUGGCGGCCAUGGCUGGCACCGAGAUAGCCCUGCCCGGAGAGGUCUCUGCCACUGACGCUGUCACCAUCCAGAGUGUCGGCAACACCAUCACCAUCCUGCCCACCAAGACCAAGCCCAAGAAGCUGUACUUCCUGGGCUCAGACGGGAGGAACUACCCCUACCUGUUUAAAGGGCUGGAAGACUUGCAUCUGGAUGAGAGGAUCAUGCAGUUCCUGUCCAUCGUUAACACCAUGUUCACCAAGGUCAACCAGCAGGAAAGCCCGCGCUUCCACGCCCGCCAUUACUCCGUUACCCCCCUGGGGACCCGUUCCGGGCUUAUCCAAUGGGUGGACGGUGCCACGCCCCUUUUCGGCCUCUACAAGCGCUGGCAGCAGAGGGAGGCUGUGCUCCAGGCGCAGAAGGCCCAGGACUCGUUCCAGCAGCCCCAGAACCUCCCGAUGGUGCCGCGGCCCAGCGAGCUGUACUACAGCAAGAUCGGCCCGGCCCUGAAGGCUGUGGGGCUCAGUCUUGAUGUAUCGCGCCGCGAUUGGCCGCUCAGUGUGAUGAGGGAUGUGCUCCGGGAACUGAUGGAGGCCACACCCCCCAACCUGCUGGCUAAGGAGCUGUGGUGCUCCUGCACGACGCCCAGCGAGUGGUGGAGGGUCACCCAGUCCUAUGCCAGAUCCACUGCUGUCAUGUCCAUGGUGGGUUACAUCAUCGGGCUAGGCGACCGUCACCUAGACAAUGUGCUGAUCGACAUGACCACGGGCGAGGUGGUGCACAUUGACUACAACGUCUGCUUUGAGAAAGGGAAGAGCCUGAGGGUGCCUGAGAGAGUCCCAUUCCGCAUGACGCACAAUAUCGAGACAGCACUAGGGGUCACUGGGGUGGAGGGCAUCUUCAAACUGUCCUGUGAGCAGGUGAUCCAGAUGAUGCGGAGGGGGCGGGAGACGCUGCUCACCCUGCUGGAGGCCUUCGUGUACGACCCCCUGGUGGACUGGACAGCCGGGGGGGAGGUGGGCUUUGCCGGGGCGGUGUACGGUGGUGGCGGGCAGCAGGCGGAGAGCAAGCAGAGCAAGCGGGAGAUGGAGAGGGACAUCACGCGCAGCCUGUUCUCCUCACGGGUGGCCGAAAUCAAGGUGAACUGGUUUAAGAACCGGGAUGAGAUGCUGGUGGUGCUGCCGCAGGUGGACGCAGCGCUGCAGGAGUUCCUGGGCCUGCAGGAACAGCUGGUGCAGGCAGAGAAGCUGCAAGCCAGGCUGAUGGAGGAGGUGGAGUUCCUGGAAGGGGCAGAGUCACGGCCUGACCACCCCAUCCACACGCUGGAGCACAGGUACUCCGAACACACGCAGCUGCAGUCGCGACAGAGGACAGUCCAGGACGCCAUCCAGGGCAAGCUGUCCGAUCUGGAGCAGUGGAUCUCCCAGUACCAGGCGGCCUUCGCCAGCCUGGAAGCCACCCAGCUGGCCAGCCUGAUGCAGGAGAUCAGCAGCCCCAUCGACCUGGGCCCCCCCAGCUACGUCCCAGCCACGGCCUUCCUGCAGAACGCGGGCCAGGCACACCUGAUCAGCCAGUGCGAGCAGCUGGAGGGGGAGGUGGGGGCGCUGUUCCAGCAGCGGCGCGCGCUCCUCAGGGGCUGCCUGGAGCAGCUGCACAGCUACGCCACCGUGGCGCUCCUGUACCCGCGCUCCGUGCUGCAGCGCCACCGCGCCGCCGCCUGGAAGCAGUGGAUGGAGGAGCUCCUCACGGACAUGACAGUGGAGCACUGCCAGGCUGUCUACCACAAAUACGAGAUGCAGUUUGCGCCCCAGCCAGCCGCGGCCACCUGCCAGUUCCUGUCAGGGGUGGAGAUGGCCCUGCAGCACCACGCAGCUGAGACCAACUCGCGGCUGCUGCGGCAGGCGGAGCGGCUGAAGGUGGAGGGCGCCGGCACGGCGGCGUGCGAGGAGCAGCUGCAAGAGAUCGAGCACUGCAUCGCCGUCUUCCUGCACGAAAACGGUGAGCCGGGCUCCCUCAGCCUGGCGGGAAUCAUCGUGUCUGCCCUCUGCGCCCUCACCAGGCGUAACCUGGUGAUGGAGGGCGCGGCAGCCAGCGCGGGGGAGCAGCUGGUGGAGCUGACAUCGCGGGACGGGGCCUGGUUCCUGGAGGAGCUGUGCAGCAUGAGCGGCAACGUCGCCAGCCUGGUGCAGCUGCUGCAGCGUUGCCAGCUCCUGCCACACGACCUGGACCUGCCCAGCCCCGCCGAGACCGCCCAGGCCGUCUUCCUGACCAACGGCGUCUACACCUGCCUGCAGGAGCUGAACACCAACUUCCGGCAGAUCAUCUUUCCCGAGGCGCUGCGCUCCGUGCUGAAGGGGGAGAGCACGCUGGUGGCCAUGCUGGCUGAGCUGGACGCCCUGAUUGAGCAGUGCACCGAUGGCAUCUCCCUGCAGGGGCUGGCUGAGGCACUGCAUGCGCACCUCCGAAACACUGCCAUGGGCCUGGAGGAGGAUGACGAUGCCCACUACCUCGGCGUCACCAGAAUGCUGCGCGCCCAGUACAUGGAGCUCAUCCAGCCCCCGAGCCUGGAUGUGCCGGCACAGGACACGCCCAGAAUGAGUGCGGGACAGAUGCUGCUGGUGGCCUUCGAUGGCAUGUUCGCCCAGCUGGAGACUGCCUUCGGCCUGCUGGUGGAGAAGCUGAACAACAUGGAGGUCCCGGCUGCCUGGCGGAAGAUCGACGUGCUCCGAGAGGCGCGGGCGACACAGGCGUACUUCUUGGAGAGCGCCCAGCAGCGGCAGGUCCUGGAGGAGGUGUUCUUCAUCAAGAGGCUGCAGACCAUCAGGGCCUUCUUCCAGCUCUGUGACUCCUUCGCCCAGACGCUCUCUGGAAACUGCCCCCCUGCCUCCGACGACCCUGCACCCUCCAACGGCCCCCUUCCCAUGGCAAAGCCGGCAUACCGCGGGCCGGCGGUGGUGAGCGAGGAGCAGAUGGCGCGGCCAGUGCGGGCGUUCACGGCGGACUUUGUGCGGCAGAUGCUGAUGGGGCUGCCCACGCAGGCGCUGGGCUUGGCCCUCUGCAGCACACUGGGCACCCUGGGGGCUGACCUCAUCGCCCAGGUGGAGGCCAAGGACUUUGGGGCAGAGGGCAAGGUGUCCCUGGACGACCUGUGCAAGAAGGCAGUGGAACAGGGCGUACAGGCUGGCCGGCUGUCCCAGCUGCUGCUCAACAGGGCCUCAGUGCUGGCAGGCUCCUAUGACACGGCCUGGAAGAAGCUGGACCUGGUGCGCAGGCUGGAGGCCGGCAUGGAGGCCUGCAAGGCCAGCUUGCAGAGGGGCCAGCUGCACAUCGCCAUGUUCCAGUGGCAGCAUGAGGACGUGUUGGGGACGAGGACCCAGCCCAUGAGUGUCAGCCCCCCACCCCGCGCCAUCAUCCUCAGCAACAUGAAGAAGAAGCUGUACAAGCUGAGCCAGGACGAUGCCUCCAUCGCCAGUGUCCAGGAAAAGCUGGCGUCCCUAGAAGGCAGCAUUGAGCAGCGGCUGAAGUGGGCAGGCGGGGCGAACCCGGCGCUGGCGCCGGUGCUGCAGGACUUCGAGGCGGCCAUCGGCACGCGGCGGGCGCUGGUGCUGCAGGAGGGCCAGCGCGCUGGCCAGGUCAGCUUCCUGUGCAGCACGGUGCUGAACUUCGAGGGCCUGCGCACGCGCUCGCCUGAGGCGCUCGGCAUGGACGCGGCGCUCUUCGACCUGCUCAAGCGCUGCCAGGCCACCUGCUCCUACGCCGCGCAGUUCAGCACCUCGGUGUCGCCGCUUGAGCUGCAGCUGCUGCACAGGCUGAACCCCACCUUGGACCUGCCCAUUGGAAGUCCAGAUUGGCUAGCUUGUGCAGAGAAGCGCUUGACCCAGGAGCUGUCCAGUCAGAGGGCGGCACAGGAGGAGUGCGAGCAGCAGCUGGACAGCGUGAUGGAGACGCUGCAGGUGCUGGUGGACACCAUCAAGGGCAUCCUGUCCAACCACAACCGCCAGCUAGCCGAUGUCAAGCACCUCCUUCGUGCUAUGGCUAAGGAUGAGGAGAACGCGUUGGUGGAGGGCGAGGACGUACCAUACGAGGGCAGCGUGCGCCAGUUCUUGUCGGAAUACAAGGCGUGGCAGGACAAUGUGCAGGUGGUGCUGUUCACCCUGGUGCAGGUGGCGGGCCAGCCCCGCGGCCAGGAGCAGCUGGAGCUGCUGCAGGAUGUCCCCACCAUGCUGAGGGAGUUGCAGGCACAGAGCCAGAGCAUCUAUAAUGGGCUGGUGAGCUUUGCUUCCCCUCUGGUUACGGAAAGGACGAGCGACUGUACAAGCCCCACUGCAGCCACUCAGACCAGCUUUGCUGCAGCAGUGCGAUGCAGCGGGCCAAAGACCCAGCCUGACAGCAUGUCCCAGAACGCUCGCAAGCCCCUCCCUCGGAACUUGGGGACCCCCACGGACACCCCGCCCAGCACCCUGCUCGUCACCAGCAAGAGCCUGGCCCCAAGCCCCAAGAGGGCCGUGAGGGACCCCAAAACGGGGAGAGCUGUCCAGGAGAGGAACUCGUAUGCCGUGAGUGUGUGGAAACGAGUGAAGGCCAAGCUGGAGGGGAGGGACAUGGACCCCAACAGGAGGAUGAGCGUGACUGAGCAGGUGGACUACGUGAUCAAGGAGGCCACGAACGUGGAUAACCUGGCCCAGCUGUACGAAGGCUGGACAGCCUGGGUGUGAACGGGGAACGCCAGGAGAUCUGUUUUGGUCCAGCGAAGGGUAGAAAUCCACCAGGAUCCACUGGGUCUGGGGCGAGAGGAGCCACAGAGUACCGUGGGGUAGGGGGGGAGAGAGCGAGAGAGAGCGAGAGACAGAGAGUGCAAGCAGGGAGGGGGAUGGGGGGGGGGAAUCUGAAUACCCUCCCCAGGGCCUACACCUGAUCCCCACGGCAUGGCAACACCCCAAAAAUGGGCCCUGAGUCCACCUCCUCAGGAUGCGUGUGUGGGGGACUGCUGGAGAUAUGGGGGGGGGAGCGAGGAGGGGGGGGGGCGAACAAGGCUCCCAAAAGCUCGAACUGCCCCGCACAAACACCUGCGCAAAAGCCGACCGUCAAAACAAAACAAGCCGGGGUCCACUAAACGGACUUUGUAGGAAGCACAAGCCAUGCGUGUUUGAUUUUUUUGCCCUUCCCGCCCUUGGCAUGGAGAAGCAGGCAAUCGGCACGCUUCUGGACUACAUUUUUGGCAGAGACGGGGAGAAAGGGAGCUGCAGUUCCUUCUGAAAAGCCUCUGUGCUUUUACUUGGCGAUGGCGGUACAGCGGUCCCUGGCUUCCUGCAGAGAAGGCACAUAGGAGCAGAGGGUCAGUGAACCCCUUUUAAAGCCAGAGGCCCCGAGAGAGGCUGAGGGCAGAUUAAUCCUUUCAAAAAAAAAAUCCAAAAUGGUGUGACCGAGAUUACUUUUCCUUUGCUCUCAAACAUUUAUCAAAAUGGGAGACGCCCUUAUUUUACAAGAGCCACUAAAAAGAAGAAGGUUCAUCUCACACAGAAACUCCACACUCAAACAUAGGAAGUGUCUAAAGUGAAGGCAGUUGUGAUGGAUUCAGCUGUUGUCUGUUGUAGUUUAACAUUAUGGCGGCUUGCAUGGUUGUACUUCAAAGUUGGCCAAUCCAUUGUCUGAAGUUGUGUGGGCUGACUGAAGGAUUAAAUAAAGAUGAAUGCCAGGUCUAAUGAAGACUGAGAGAUCUUGGCUCAGACUUUUUCCUUGAUGUACAUCUCUAAUCUGUUGUGUACAGUAGAAGUUUUCUCUCCUGCUCCCUGCUUCUUUAACAUCAUUUAAGCAGACUAGUUAUUGACCUCUUUUGGCUUGUCUUUAUUAAUAUGUAUUGCCCUUUAUGGUUGAGUUUUACUGACCUAGUCCUUCUAGUUUUACAAUUUUUAGUGGGAGAAAUUCGUAAACAAAACAAACAGUGAUGUUUUUGG